ACGUGGCAUCGGCCAAUGGGGAGCGAAGCCCCGCCCCGGAGAAGCGAAUUCCCCGCCCACUCCUUAAGAAUCCUGGGGCCCGAGGGCCAGGGAGGACCCAAGACUGGACGGAAGGUCCACGGGGCGGCCAUGGGGUGUCCGAGCUUCCCUCUGCUUCUCGGCCUCGUGGGAGCCUUCCUUGGGCAGCCCGAGGACCGCUUUGAUAACCCCGUCUUCCCGGUGCUCCGGCACGUCAUCUGUUACCGCACCGAGAUGCUGCACAUCGGGCGGAAACUGAGCUCCAAGCCGGUGCACUGGAGCCGCGGCCGGAACCAGACGGCGCGCUGUGAGAGCUGGGAGGUGUGCCAGGAGACCCUGGUGAUGGUAGACACAGGGCCCCAGACGCUGAUCGUGGGCAGCAAGGGCUGCACGCCGGCGGGCAUGCGGAUGUCCCAGGUCACCCAUCACCUGGGCCCGACGGGCAUCAUCGUCACCUCCUACGUGCGCUUCUGCAACUUUAACUACUGCAACAACUCCAGCAGCACCGCCGCGGUGCUCACCUUCAGGGCUCCCCCAGUCACAGCAGACUCAGAGCAAGCCUUGUACUGCCCCACCUGCCUGGCCCUGUACUCCUGCCCCGACAAGAUCCGCUUCCGGCAGUGCAGCGAGGACGCCAUAAGCUGUUACAAUGGAACGAUCCACAUCAAGGGAGACAGCAGCUCUUAUAACUUGAGCCUGCUCGGCUGCUCCUCUCUGCCCAAGUGUGAGCUGUUCCUGAGCACUGAGAAAAUCGGUCCAUUCACGCUGAGUGACAAGUGUCUGGACCACCAUGAUCUCUUAUGGCCAAGGAGCCAGGGGGCCCCCCAGCCUGCCUGGGCCUGGACCCUGGGGCUGGGACUGCUUCUCACUCUGUAGGCGACCUCGGACCACACUCUCCCACCGUCCCUCUGAGCCACCCCGGAAGAGGCGCAGAGGGGAGCCCCGGAGGCCAGCUCGCUGUCUGGGGGCCAGAAGAGGAGGCCCUGAGAGCUCAGGGGCAGGAGGUGUGCCCAAAGGCCCCGGAACCCCAGCCCAGGCUGCUGCUCAGGUGCUAAAUAAAGCGUUGUCUUGUCUUCACGAA